AUGGGUGGCCAAAUCUCCAAGGUUAUGGGCAAGAUCUUUGGAUCCAAAGAAAUGCGCCUACUCAUGCUCGGACUCGACGCCGCCGGCAAGACCACCAUUCUCUACAAGCUCAAGCUGGGUCAGGAUGUCACCACCAUUCCCACUGUUGGCUUCAACGUCGAGACCGUCACCUACAAAAAUGUCAAGUUCAAUGUCUGGGACGUUGGCGGCCAGGACAAGAUUCGUCCCCUUUGGCGACAUUAUUUUAGCGGCACCCAAGGUCUCAUCUUCGUCAUCGACUCGUCCGAUCGUGCCCGUAUAGAGGAGGCCCGCCAGGAGCUUCACCGUAUUAUCAACGACCGCGAGAUGAAAGACAGCCUGCUCCUCGUCUUUGCCAACAAGCAGGAUCUGAAAGAAGGCAAUCUCACUACAGCUAUGAAGCCACAGGAAGUUACCGAGGCUCUCCAGCUCUCUAAGCUCAAGGACAAGGUCUGGUACGUUGUUCCAAGCUGCGCCACCACUGGUGAGGGUCUGCUCGAGGGCCUUGCCUGGCUCUCCAACAACGUCAAGGCCCCUCCUGCCCCAGUCAAGAAAUAG